AUGGCGCGGGCGAAUGAGCCGGAGCUGGAGCUGGAGCUUCUAGGCGAAACCGAGCUCCAGACAAAGGCGCCUGCUGGACGGCGAUUCCCUGUCGGCUGUCCGACUCUCGACCUGGCGGCAACCUGGGACCAGGACGAUAGAAAUUUGCUUGUGUAUCGACCGCCGGAUCAGAUCGUGUCCAAGAUCCAUCAGGUUGCUGCUCCCGGCGAGGAGGCGCCUGAGGUGCGUGCCGUGACUUGGCGACCAGAUGGCCAGUUUCUCUCUCUGGGCUGGAGUGACGGCGUUGUGCGGCUGAUGGGCCUGGAAAACAACAAGGCUGCUCAUCAGAUUCCGGUUUGCGACAAGGCUGAGGCUGUAAUCACGCACAUUGGCUGGUCGACCGCCAACAUCGCCAGCAAGACAGACAACGCCGUCUCUAGCAAGCUCGGAGACGAAGUCACCAAGGGAUGGACAGAGCCGGGAGGCAAAAUCCCGCUCAAUCUCCCACAGGAGCUCGCCUUUCUAGAAGUCGAGACGGCGCUGCCCAAGAUCAGCCCCUUGCCGAUGAGCAGUGCUGGCGCAAGCGAGGAUGCCACCGUCUUCACACUCCGCAGCGGCAUCGACUUUCUCUUUCGAACCCCCAAACGGGACACUUAUGACCAAGUAAAUGUCAUGAUCGUGGGGACCAGCGAUGGCAAGCUGCAACUGAGCAUCUACGAUUCUUUCAUCAUCGGCACAUUCUCACAGCCAUCACUUGAUCUGUCAGCAUCGGAAUCAUCUAGUAUGAUUCACAUGAUACACCACGCAUCUCAUCCUCAGGUAUCGACGCAUGCUCUGAUCUACGCAGAAAAGCAAAAUGAGCCCAGAGAGCUUCACCUUGUCCCCAUGGACUUGCCAUUCAUAUCCUUUUCUCCCAUCAACCUAUCCCUCUUGUCCUCCAAACUCACCACGCUGCAAGCACUGCUACGGUACUUGAAACAGAUAUCACUUCACAUGCAGGUGGAAUGGAAAAACGCAAGAGAGCUUCCGGCCCGUUUCCUCCGCAGCGUCCAGGGCGAUUUGGAAGAGAUGAGCAGCGGUCCAAGAGACAUCGUCUCAGCGCUUUUUCACACUGCCAUAACUGGCCAUGCCUACCCAGCCGGCCAUAAACGCUGGGAUAAGGCUGUGGUAUCCGGUCUCGAAGCCCUUCGCAGCCUCGUCCACCAACAUCUCCUGCCUGCCCUUGAGCGAUGCUCCAUCAUCCUCAGUCGUCUUCGAGGCCUAGCUCGCUUUUACAGCGACCGCGAAGAUAUCGGCCUAUCCAUCCCCAACCUCAACCGCGUCCUCGACAUCGUCAGCUGCCUCACCCUGGUCGGACACAAGGUCCUCAUCUACACAAUGGACGAACUCCAGCAUUUUGCUGCCUUUUCAGCAUGGCUCCGCUUUCAAAUCGAUCAGCUAGGAGGACCCAGUACGGCCAACGAGGAGCUAACCGACAAGGAAGCCAUGAUGGAUCAUUCCAAAGUCCUGACCUACAUUGAACGAUACCUAACAAACAGCCCGCUCGACAUCUUCCUCAACGACAUCGCCAAAGAAGAUUACGAUUCCGAUUGGAAAUUCAUCGAUGACGGCCCAAUGCCCCUCGACGUCUUGGACAAGCAGCUGAAGAAGCUCGAAGCUGGCCAACCUGGCAUGAAGGCCCUCCCACACGUUGACUUUCUUGUAAACUACGCCACGUCAUGGUCCAACAAAAUCUUUGGCAGCAUCGCCGAAGCAAAGAGGCGCAGCGUUCGCUUCGGAAAGCCGGUGAAGAUGUCCAUUGGACAUCCCAUUACCAAGAUGGACAUGAAGAUGUGCAGCGCCAACAAGCGAUCGGGCACUGUCUUCACGGCACUGGCAUCGCAGCAAGAGCCAAACAAGGUGCAUCUUUUCCAGGUCAACAUGACGAUUAUAAACGGCAUCAGUGAUAAUCAUCCCACUACCACCUGUGUCAUCGACCUCGCUCCCCGAUCGCUAGUUGACAUGAAGUUCCUUAACGACAAGACGCUUAUUCUUUUUUGUACAGAUACAAAUAAUACUCCUAUCAUCCUCUCUGUCCCCAUUCAAGACGAAUCAGUACUCUCCUACAACCCUUAUAACGCCGCAAACCCUACCCAGGUCUCCUCUGUAACAUCAGCCGAGCUCUUCCCCAAGUACAAUCUACCUGCCAGUCACCACGCUCUCCGGCCCAUUCGAAUGGAAGUUCACGAUAGGAGCCAGGUUAGAGGGGACCUGCCUGGGCGGGUCUGUCUAUUAGGGAACAACCGCACAACAUGGCGGGCGUAUAAAUUCCCGACCGAGAGUUAA